CCCAAAGGCGCGUUGCGUGUUGCCAAUCAUGCGUAUGCGCCUGGUAGACCAGUGCCACGGCCAGACAACUAUGAUGAUAUAGCAAUGGCCAAUAGGAUAGUAUACGAUUAGUGAUACUCCUCGUUAAAAGACACUCUACUGCUCGAGACUAUCCCAUCAUCUAGAUACACUUGGCACUCUUGAAGAUGCCCCCAAAUCUCGACCUCUAUACCGACCAAACACCCAACGGCGUCAAGUCCACCAUAACCCUCGAAGAACUUGAUUUACCGUACAAUGUCCACCACAUCGACAUCUCUACUAACGAGCAAAAAGAGCCGUGGUUCCUCGCCAUUAAUCCCAAUGGUCGCAUUCCUGCCUUGACGGACGUCGGCAGCGACGGCCAAGAGAUCCGACUUUUCGAAUCUGGUAGCCUGAUGUUGUACCUGAUCGAGCACUAUGACCCUGAAUACAAGAUCUCGUAUCAGAGGGGUAGCAGAGAGUACCACGAGAUGCUCAACUGGCUAUUCUUUCAAAACGCUGGCGUCGGACCCAUGCAAGGGCAGAGCAACCAUUUCACGCGGUACGCGACAGAAAAGAUCGAGUACGGAAUCAACCGAUACCAAACAGAAACUCGGCGCCUAUACCGAGUGCUAGACAAUCAUUUGAAAGAGACCGACAAUGAUUACCUGGUAGGCAACAAGUUUACCAUUGCGGACAUAGCGCAUUUUGGGUGGGUCGCUUGGGCGGGCUGGGCUGGUGUCGACAACAGGGAGUUUGAGUAUUUGAAGAAGUGGGAAGAGAGGUGUGCGGCGCGGCCGGCGGUGGAGAAGGGGCGCAAUAUCCCUACACCCGAUAAGCUAAGAGAUAUUCUGAGCGACCCGAAGAAGACAGAGGAGUAUGCACAGCAUCAUACGAAGUGGAUACAGAAAGGGAUGAAGGACGAUAGUGCAUAAGAGAUAAGCGGGUAAAUCAGUGUAUGAAAACCGCAUAUAUGUCCCAUGAUCCUGGGCUCCUUUGCUUAGCAGUUCAAGUAUUUGCCUGUACAGCUAGACUCAUCUCCGUCCUGCGAUCAUUCUUGGGAGUACUCAGCUUCAUGACGAUCAGUAACCCUUAGCUCCGCCAUGCCCAGCGCCCGGGCUCUGUUAGUAACUAUACCUACUGCCUUCCGCCUACCCUUGGGUCUGACUAAGUUGUCCUUGUCGGCACUCGGUAAUAGCGC